UGCAAGAAGAGAAAAUAGUACUCUGCAUCACCAAGUAGAACAGAUGCUUCAAAAAAUUUCUCCUCUGCAGAAAUGUCAGGAAGAACUCGGAUCUUUAAAAGCAGAGCUAGAAGAGAAAAAGAGUUCUUUAAAAUUGUAUCAGGAUACUCAUCAGGAAUAUGCUCGUGUAAAAGAAGAAUGCUUGAAAAGUGAUGCUCAGAAGAAGAAACUAGAAGCUAAGGUGAAGAAGCUGGAAGAGGCUGCCGUCAAGCAAACUCAGGACUUUAAGCAACUGAGAAAUGAAAAGAAAAUACUUGAAAAGGAAUUUAAGAAGACACAGGAAAGACUUGACGAAUUUUCUAAACAGAAAAAUGAGAAAGAGUUGAAACAUAUUGGAACACAAAUUUCAAGUGAUUCAUAUGGAAGCAUCGAUAAAAGAAAAGUAAAACUGCUUCUGAAGGAACUCUGGCUCUGUGUCAAUACAACACAUAGACUCCCUGGUGAGGGCAGCAGAUGUGUCCCAGAAACACCUGUCAAAGAAAUCACCGAAUCCAGAGCUCCUGGGGAAGAUGACAUGCUACCUCCAGCGCAAGGCAGUCCUCUCGGGACUUCAGAUGUACAGACAUGCUUCACAAAACUGUCCAUGGAGAUACAGGGAGAUUUUUCCUCAUGUAAAAAUGUGGAAAAAGAGAGGCCUGGCAGACUACAUUAUAGAACUGACCGUCUUUUUAAUGAGGAUGGGAAUCCUGAGGUUUUAAUGCCAGGUCACAGUGACAGCGACAGCACUGGCUUUUCUGACCAUGAUCAUUUUUUAGAUGAUGAUCUGCAAGCUGCAAUUGACUUCUUCAAACGUCCGCCCCCUCUUCUGUCUCCAGUGCCCUCACCCCCUCUGGCGUCAUCACCUCACCUGGGUUCCUUGCCUUCUUCACUUGAGCCUGAAAACUACUUUGGAGAGUGCAUAGAUUCCAGUGAUAAUGACUCAGCCCAGCCUAGAAAUUCUGCUGAGUCCGUUUCAGAAGAUGAUAUGACUGCAUCCCAGAAUUAUUUUGGCUCAUUAGGAAAAAGCAAAGGAAGUGACGCACGAGAGGAAAGGCCCAAAUCACACGAAGCUCGCCAGACUCUGAAUACACUGGGGGGAAACACAGUGACAACCGUUGGAUUUGGGACUUUCACAGCCACUCUGAGAGAGCCUUCAGCCACAUAUUCUUUAGCUGGUGAAAAACACUGGACAGUGUCCUCUCAAUUCAUGAGUGACAGAAAGAGAGACAUUUUACAUGCUGCAAAAAGACAAACCGAGGUUAGGGAGAUGGAUAAGUCAGUGCAAACUGAGGAAAUACUUCAUCAAUGCUCACCAAGUCUGUGCAUUGGGAAAUCGUCUGGCCGCCCCACACAGGAGAAGGGAGCUGCCACUGGAAAGGCAGAGUUGGUAUGUACUCCACUUGGCAAGAGGCCGUUAAGUGAAGUCAUCAAAUCUGGAGAAAAAAGCCUAUUGCCCAAAAUGAUAGGAUCACCCAAAUCAGAGUUGACUACGUGGACACUAACUAAUGAAAUCACUUCUGAAUCAGAUUGUAUAACAGUUUCUGAUCAUUUUCAGAGACUCUCUAAAGAAAUGGAAAAGGAAAAAGAAGAUUUGCAAGGGUUCAUUUUAGGAGAGUCACCUGAAUCGGAAGAUGAUGCAGGGGAUGCAAUGGAUGUGGAAACCAGUUUUUCAUCCUCUUCUACUUUGGUCACGUUGUCUGUUUGCAGUACUCCUCAGUCUUCUGGGAUAGAAUAUGGUGAUGACAGAAAUAUUCCAACAAAAGUAUUCUCUACUGAGCUGCAUCAUUCAGAACAAAAAUUACAAACAAAAACUUUAGGCACGUUACACCUGCAGUCUGAACCACCAGAGUGUCCAAUGGGAGGACGCAACCUGGAGAAUAGUUCACGUGCUCUGAGCCCCGAAUUGGGCGCAUCUAAUUUUAAUGACCAGAGGAGCAGUGAGAUAGCACAUUCAAAAGUUGUAAAAAGCAUGACCAAAAUCCAUUCACUUUCUCAGUCAGUAUUUAUGAAAGCUACAAAAGAUAGACAAUGUGAAAGCCAAGAUUCAAGAGCUAAGCUGCCACUAUGUAAGCCAGGAUUCACAUCAGUGGCAGGUUCUCAGGCUGGCUUGAGCAAGAGCUUGGAUUUUGUUAAAAGCACUUCUUGGCAUCAUAGUGAUUUAUUACACAGAAGUGAAGAACGUCCGAGAUCUAAAUCAGAACAUGAGCAAAAGACUAAUAACCAGUUACAAAAGCCAACACCAUCCCUCCAGAAUAGAGGAUCAACACCCAAACUCGGUUCUCCCAGAGAAGAUAACAAUCCUGUAGAAUUUAAGACUGCUUCAUUAUUGCCUAAUCAAGUAUCAGUUAUCACAAAGCAGGCAAGACCUGAAAAGAUUAAGAGUGCUUCAUUGGAGCACUUGAGACCACAUGGGAAUGAGCCUGCCUUAGUAACAGAAAACAGCAAUAAUGGAACUGAUCAGGUGUCCUCUGUCACACAAUAUGGAGUCAAAGAGGAUACAACACAAGAUACCAAGGAGGUGGCUGCUGUGAAAAGCCCUUCACCAGGAAUUUCCUCCUCCAGGAGAAAAUUAGAUCUCUGUUCCCCAGGUGGUUCUUCCCUAGUAGAAUAUUCCGACUGUUCCACAAAUGACAGGUUGUCUUUCUCUUCUGAAAACAUCCUCCUCCAAAACCAAGACAUGGCAGGGGAAGCGGCAGUGCAGAGUGAGGUGCAGAAGCAAAGGCAGCUUCUGCAUGCUGUGGACACAGACUCGAGUGGGGUGGGUGGCAGUGAGCAGCUCCCAGCCACGCAAGUGACAACGCCUGGCAGUGUGCCUGUUGAGGAGACCCCCUGUGGAGACCCAGGGGCAUCCAGUGGCAAAACUCUGGCUUCUCUGGCUUUCGCAAGUGACUCUCCUAGCACACCGCAAGAUGCUGAUGAGCUUCAGAAAUUGACGUCUAAAACUGGUGGUACUUUUCCGGAAUGGUUUACCACCACAGGCACUGCUUUUUCUUCAGCGUUUUGCAGAAAAGAUGGAGAGACACAGGAUGUCUCCCAAAGUAGCCUUCCUGGUACUUUGCAUUGCUACACAGGUAUUCGGGAGGGAGGAGAUGAGGACACUGAGGUAGAGAGUGAGGCAUUUAGCUGCAGUGAGGGUGAGCAUGAGCCUGAAGCCGUGGUGGGCUGUGAACAGCAUAGUGGCACUGCUGCCGACUCGCAGAAGGACUCAGGAGAUGCAGAUGCCGGAGCGGCUGAGACGAAGCCUUCCUUAGAGCUAGCUUAUUUGACCUCAGCUCUGCAAGAUUUUAAUAUAAGUACUUUUUCUGAGCUAGACAGGCUGUCUACAUCAGAGGUGGUUAUGUUUCUUGAGAGUUGUCAGUUAGGGGAUUACAGUUCAGGGGACUCUGUUUCAGAAUGUUCUAGUAAAGGAACCCUAAAUAAAGAAAUGAACAAAGAAUUAAAGCAGAGUGAAAUAUCAGGAGAUAAAUACAGGAAGCAGCCCUGUGAAGAGGAAACACUUGGAAUCUCCGAAGAGUGGAUUGAAUCAGAAGAAGAAAAUUGUUCUUUAAAAAACGCAAGUCAGCUUACUCAGUCUUCUUUGGAAACACUGUCUGAGGUUCUCAGCAAGAUUGGGCAAGAACUGCAGACAAGUCAUGAAGAUUGCAGUGGUAAAGAUACUGGCAACUUACUGCUCUUAGAUAUACAAAACAACAUGGCAACUGAAAAUGUAGAAGAAAAAGUUUCAUCUCAGGAAGCGACUGGCUCCCCAUCACACUCUUCAGAACCAGCCCCACUGCCCACUGACUUGGACACGAGCUGCAGCUCUGCCAUUAGUGGUAGGCCUAGUGAAGACAUUCUGAGCAGGCCAGAGGAGAAUUCAGAUGCAAACAGGCAGACAAGUGGGGAAGAGGGCCUGGAAAAACCAGUGGAACUGGCAGUCCUAUGCUCUGACUCCAUAGCAGAACCAAGGACAGAGCAAAGUUUGUGCUCCGAGGCUGAAACGACAUUUCAGUGUCAGAUCUCGACAGUGACCUCAGAAGUUAUAAAUGUACUUAUAAAUAAGGGUCAGAAUCUGGUCAUUGAAAAGGGGGACAACUGGACAAUCAUCAGUGGCAUAGCCGUCUUGCCACAUGUGGACCAGGUUACACUGUUUGACACUUCUGGAGACAUGCCUGUUUCUCAGGACCAAGGAGAGCUGGAAGCUGUUUGCAUCCCAGUGACUUUUGCUGAGAAGUCCCCAGGGACCAGUCACACUGGCCCUCCAUUUCAGGAACCUGCAUGUGGCAGUAACCUUUCAUGUCCCCAAGAGGAUGUUUCAAGCAGUGGUCAGAGCACCAACUUUGAUAAAAGUCGUUUGCGGAAUAGACCUGUUAAGCCUAGUGUACGGAUUAGUUCUAAAAUAUAUGAUCAAGACUUUGAGGCUCAGACUGUUGCAUCUGAUCACACAUAUUAUAACUCGAAACUAGAGACAUCUGGCAAAAAUAAGAGUCGAUCAAAGAUUUCUAACAAAGAUCAAGCAAGCAAAUCAGUAAAGACUUCAUUAUCAAGCAAGGCUGAAACUCAUCAGAGUGAAAUUUCUCAGUCAUUUUCAGGGGAAAAAGGUAGUGUAAAAGCUCAAAGAAGUCAGACUCAAACCAUUUUGGCAAAUGCUGAUACAUCUACUCCUACAGAUUGUUCUCCUGACACUCUGAGUAAAAUACGGCAGGAAGUAGGGCCUCCUUUGCCUCCCCUGCUUGCUCCUCUGAUAGCUACGCCUCCAAGGACUUCACAGCCACUUUCUCCGCUUGUAUCGAGUUCUAGUCCUUCCUCACCAACCUCUCCCGGCCAGAUUUCUCCCUUGAGCGAAAUCCCGGUGCCUCCUGCCCUAUCCCCGUGGCCCGAAGAUCCCAGAUGCGCCUCUCCGCCGGGAUCUUCCCCAUCUCCGUCUGUGGUGUCAGCCGGCGACAGGAUAGUGUCAUCUCCGCUGCAGUUCUGUGCGGCCACACCAAAGCACGCACUCCCGGUGCCUGGCAGACUCCCACCGUGUGCAUCCGGCCAUGCUGCUGCCGGAGGGCCACAGGAGAAUUCCGUUAAAAUCCUUGACACCAUGUACCCAGAGUUAUCUGCCCGGGCCCGGACCCUCAACAUCCUCAAAGGGAACAUUCAGCUCACUCGAGGCCCGUCUGCUGACUGCAAGAAUUUACCAGGUCCCGUCAGUGCUAUGAAAGGGUUCAAAGCUCUCACAUCAGCCUCUACCGCUUUUGUCAAAGCAGGGAGCAGCACCGGUGGUGACUCUAACCAAGAGAAAUCAAGAGAUCUGGGGACUCAUCAGGAUUCAGGUGGGAAAAGAACGUUGUUAGCAUCGACACUGCGGAGUGCUAAGAGAUUACGCCUGGAUGGUGGGUCCCCGGAACCAGGAGCCCGGGGGGCCACUGCAGAACGACCCCCUGGGAGCCUCAGAAGGACCCUCUCUCCAGCCGAAGUUGUAACAACAGAUGAGGAAAGAACUUGUUCUAGUCCAGCCACCAAGGCAGCUUCACACUUGCCUUUAAACCCCCAAGAAACCGUGGAGUCACACGAUAAAGCCAUAGCUAAUGCACUGAAGAAAAUUGCAGAGUUUUCUUUCGAUUUGUUGCCUGUCAUCCGUAGUCAUGUAUAUGUGGGAAACAUCUCCAAAAAGCCCGUCAUGAGAGAUCAAGAAAAAGAAGUUGUCUAUGAAUUUAGCACAACCAAAAAGCAUUUAGCAGAGUGCUUGCUUCACUCUAUUCUCUCAGAACUGAAAAUUCAGAAAUUGUCCACAGACCACAAUUACAUUCACGCCCUCUGCAGAGUAUAUGUGGGUAUUUGUCGGCAACUGGGAGACUUAGAAAGAGCUCGCUUGUUUUGCUACAGCCUACUUAAGGAAGAUUUUCCAGAGUCUGAGAAAUUGACAUUGUUUAUUGCAAACAUGUGGCAUGAUGUAUUUCUUUCUCAAUCAGUAAUUAAUAAAGCAAUGCAGUUAGUUGCCCGGCAGCGUGCUAAAGGAGAGGUUCUGAACUGUUUGAGGGCUUUUCUUAACUGGGAAAAGAAUGCUCCUGUAGAUGUUGGCUUCAUGGUUUCUAAGCUGCUUUUGACCAUACAGUUAUGUCCAAAAACAGAAUUUCAGUCCAGUGAAAAAUUUGGAGAAGACUUAAGCGAUAACACGUGGGAAUACAUCUUUGCCAUCGAUCUGCUUUGCUGCCAUCAGAAAUGGAUUUGGACACAUGAUAACAUUAUAAGUAAGGAGCUGUGGCCUGUGAUGGAUAAGUGGAUAAAAUACAGAAAAGGACACGCGAACAUUGCAUACACUCCUGAUAUUAUUAUAGCAUCCAUACUGAGGUUGAUUGGUCGUUUAGGCCAGUUGGGUUUGAAGGAAGGAUUUCCAUCUGCUGUGAAAAAUAUUAGUUCAGUUAUUGGUAUGUUUAUACAGCAUGCUCAGGAUGAAGAUAUACCGUGGGGUAUACAGUUAGCAGCUGUGUAUGCUCUUUGUGACUUGAGUCCCAGCAAUCCAUUAGAAAUCUCCAAGAUCCUGGAAGCCUGGCGGAGAGAGGCCUCUCAGAGCAUUCCGUCUGCGAUAGUCAGCUAUCUGGAGGAAGUCAACGCACUGAGUGCAGAGGGGCUCGGGUGACCCGGACGCCACUGGGGCUCAAGAAGUGCCUUGACACAUUGUGGACAUAAAGAGGUUGAUCAGCUUUCAGGAUACAAAGGGAGGCUUAAACAAGAAAGACGCUAAUAGACAGACAGGAGGCUCUUCUCAUCGUUUGGCAGGGAAACAGGAAAAACAAGCAGUUGAUAGUUGGUGUUCCCUAAAUCACUUACAUUUCACUUACGGCUGUUGUGAUCAUGUGACGUGUAUGGAUUGUAUUAUUGUGUCUGUCAAACAACAAAAACUUGAACUUAGCCCUUUUUUUGCUGCAGAAAGUGUCCUUUUAGUGGCUUUUUAAAAUUGGCAUUUUAUAAUGAACUUACCAAUAUAAAAACAUGAUUUGGUUCCUGAGCUAAUCCUGGACUUGUGCUCAAGUGAGUGACUAGGAAAAAAUAAAUUGGCAAACAAAGACCUGGAAGAGUGUGGGGUGUCAUAGCUGGGCUGCAAAAGUUGACUCCAGGUACAUUCGUCAUUGAUCAGAGCAAACAUGGAGAGCCCUUAGCAGAACCUCACUUGGAUGCAUUUUCUUCGUAUCUCUACAGUUCUUAAACAUAUUUUACUGUGUGUCAGGAAAGGAACUGAAGAGCAGUUCUUGUGUCCAUGACGUGUAAAUGAGCAGUUCCGAGGUGACCGCCGCUAGCUCGGUGUGCUGUGUAUGUUACAUGUGGACUGUGUAUGAUGUGUCUCACAUUUGAUGAUAUUCCACUUCGGAAUUUUAGUAUUUGUAUAUAGCAAAUGGGUUGAAUAACUCACCGUGGUUCUGAUUUGUCUUAUAUGCAUCAUUUCUUAAAAUUCUUGUAUGUGUUUUUUAUAAUAAAAAAUAAAAAGUAAGCUAUGCA